CAACUCGUCCAGAGCCUGAUUGGGAACGGGAUCCAGAAAAAAAAAAAAAGCCGUUGCCUGUGCUUUUGGAAAACCCACGCCUUUGAUACGCCCAAUUUCCGGCAGAGAAGGUUUGCCUGGUAAGUCCAGUCAGCAGGGAGGAAAAAAAAGCCGCCUACCGUUUGCCCUUCCUCACUCGCUGCCCCUCCCUCCCCCCAAGCCAGUCAUUGCGGUCCUUGUCGCCAAUCGCUCGACCUGAGUGGCUCCAGCAUUCGAUAAAGAAAAACAUACCUUUUAAACUCCACCCAUUCGCUGCUUGUCGUCGCGCGCCCAGCCAAUCAACACGCCCAAUCACUUGGUUUAUUUCGUCCGAAAAGGCAAGCCGGGGGAGCCAACAAGAAACUAGAGUCGUCCCCGAGCCGUUGGCGCUACCCAAAGUAAACAAAUGCCGGAAGACCCUAGAGGCUGGACGGUGGAGAGGAGGCGGGAGAGGCUGGGCCUGGGGGCAGGCGAUGCAGCAGAAGCAAGAAACAAGAAGCAAGGCCCGCAAGCAGGGAAAAAAAACGUUCACUUUACGCUGACAGAUUCGCCGGGGGCUCUUCGGGGCACGUCUCCCGGGCCACUUGCACAGAGCAGAAGCAUCCGCCUUCCUUCAUUCGCCGACGUUGCUGGCCUCAAGUCCUGA